UAAAAACAUUGGGAAUAAAACUUAAGGGAUAUUUUUUCUAAAUAAAAAGCUUUUACAUUUUACUUUUCCUGAGACUCCCUCCAGAGAUUUGUGAUUUGUUUCAAAAUAGAUGCACCAAAAUAGUGUUCUGCUCUCUAGCAUACGAACCAGUUUGAAAUCAUCGACCGACAGAAGAUCAUAGAAAAAUAUCUGGAAUGAAGUUUAUUUAGUUUUUAAAUUUAAAAAAUUAUAAAAAUAAUUUAAAUAACUUAAAAAAAUUUUAAUUAAAUUCAAAUAAUUCGAAAUAGUAAUUAAUAAUUCACGAUUUAGAAAAUAAUUACUUGAAAAAUGUUUACAAAACAGUGUUGAGUAGGUAGAAAAUUUUUUGGUUUCGAAAUAAAAUAAAAAUUGGUGUAAUAAAAAUGGCAGAUACGGAAGUGAGCGAUUAUUUCCGAUCAAAUUUAUUGACACUGCGUGGCGCAAUUGACGACAAUGAUUUUAAAUAUUUCGGUUCUUUGGAAAAAAAUACUCAAAGAAUUGCUUUUUUAUUGCGUUAUCCAGAAGCACAUCGUCUUUCUUUCGAAAUUGAAAAUGAAGAAUGCAAAAGUUCGGUGAAAUGUUUAAAAUUAAAAAACGAAGGAAAUAAAUAUUUUGGUUGCGGCAAUUUUGAAAAAGCUUUGGCGAAAUAUUCGAAUGCCAUUAUUUUGGCUCCUCUAGAAGAUUUGGGAAUACUUUACGGAAAUCGUUCAGCAGCUUUAUAUCAUUUGACUGAUUAUGAAUUGGCAAUAAUCGACACUGAGGAGGCUGUAAAAAUGGGAUAUCCAAAGGAAUUACUUUAUAAAUUAGAGGAUAGACGAGCAAGAUGUUUAUUGGCUCUAGAGGAUCAUUCGAGAGCAAUGGAUGCAUUUAAAAGUGCCUUAAAGUCAUUGGAUUUCGCGAAAUUGACACUGGACAAGAAGCAAAAAUUAGAAUCCGAUAUCAGAGUGAUGUUGGCUGUGAUGGAAAGGGGAGCGAAACUCAACGAAAAUGGAAAGACAAAUAAAAUUAUUAAGAAAUUGAAAGUAAAAUCGCCGAAAUGUCUUAUUCCAAAAACAAAGGACACAAAUAUUUUCUAUCCGGCAUUCAGCAAUGCUGUCGAAAUAAAAGACGCGGGUGGUGAAAUUGGUAGGUUUGGCAUUGCCACGAGGGAUAUUAAUCCCGGGGAAAUUGUCGCUGUUGAAAAAGCUCAUUGUGCUGUCUUAUUGGGAGAAUACAGAUUGAGCCAUUGUCAUUUAUGUUUGGAGAGAAUUUUCGCUCCGAUUCCGGCUUUCUGCUGCAGUUAUGUGGCAUACUGCUCGACAAAUUGCAGAAAUUUGGAUUCGAAUUUACACUCCAUUGAGUGUAAAAUAUUAGGACCACUUUGGAGUUCCGGCACAUCCGUCACUUGUUUACUAGCAUUAAGAGCAAUUAUUCAACGACCUUUAAACGAACUAAUUAAAUUGGAAGACAAAUUUAACGAAAAAUAUGUCGGUUCGAAAAUUCGACCGUACAAAGGAUCCGAUUAUGAAGCUCUUCAUGGAAUGGUGACUCACGAGGAUAAAAGAACAGUGGAGGACAUUUUUCAUCGGACAUUUAUGGCCUGUUGGCUGUUAAGACUUUUGAAGACAACAUCUUAUUUUCCUGAAAAUGUUAAAACUCCGGAUUCAUCGGAAGAACAGCUUUCUAACGAAGAACUUUUCAUUGGACACUUAUUACUUCAUAAUUUACAAUUGCUGCAAUUUAAUGCGCACGAGAUUUCCGAGCUCGUAAAACUGAAAGGCGAGAAAAAUUUAUCUAAGGCGAAAAAUUUAUUUAUUGGAGGCGGUCAAUUUCCUUCAGUUGCUCUUUUAAAUCAUUCAUGCAAUCCAGGAGUCAUCAGGUAUUUUAUAGGAACAACAAUGAUUGUGAGAGCAAUAAGGACAAUUAAGGCAGGAAUGGAAAUUAGUGAUAAUUAUGGGCCAAUUUUUGCUGAAAUGACAGAAACAGAACGAAAAAGAAAAUUGAGGAUACAAUAUUGGUUUGACUGUAAUUGCGAAGCGUGCAGUGGUCACUGGCCACUUUUAGUCAAUAUUGACCCUCGAAUUCUCAGGCAAUACAAUUAUUCGGAACAAUCAAACAUUUCCAGGGAGAAUAAAUUAAUGUUUAAAUGCGAAACUGAAUUCUGCGAUAAUAUUUUACCGAUAAAAACUGACACAAACGAAUUUAUGGUGUCGUGUUUCAAGUGUGGUAAAAGUACAAAUAUUUUGAAAGGCUUGAAAGCACUACAAGAUACGGAUUCACUUUUCCGAUUAGCUUCGCAUAAUUUAGAAGAAGGCGAUUUUGAACAAGCUCUUAAAUAUUAUUUGAAAAUACUCAAACUACUAGACUCAACUUUAAGUCUACCGAUCAAAGAUUUUCACCUCUGUCAGGAGGGUGUUCGACUUUGUUUUCUAAGUUUUGGCAAUUUCUCCGCAAUUUGAAAAGGUAAAUUUUUUUUUAUCAGUAAAAUUAUCGAAAACCCCCAGCAACUUAGUUCCCCAUUUUUUCAUAGUUUUAAUUACUUCAAUAAUAAUAAUAA